AUGUCUACUAUCGAAAAGCCAACCACGAAAACAACUACAGCAUCUUCCGAUAUAAUCAACUCCAAAUGGGACGUGGUUAUAUCCAAUGGUAUAGUUAAGGCAGGUCUUGGCUUUGGUGCAGGUGUUCUAGUCUCUGUCUUAUUCUUCAAGAGAAGGGCUUUUCCUGUUUGGUUGGGAACUGGUUUUGGUUUAGGUAGAGCUUAUUCCGAGGGAGAUUCUGUUUUCAGGGAUGCUGGCGUGAGGGAGGUUAGGGCAUAA